CGCGCCGCACAGCCUGCCGCGGCCAGGCGGGGCACCUGGGAUCGCGGCGCUGCCGGACACGUGAGUGCGCCCUGCGCGCCUCCUGGCCGAGGUGUGCCGGGGAGGCCCUGGCUGCGAGCGCAGAGAGAGAGUGGCAGCGAGUUUGAAGUGCAGAAGGAGCCUCGGAGUGCUCCCAGUACCGCUGACGUUCCCCUCGCCAACCGCACCCAUGCUUCUGGCGCGGAUGAAGCCGCAGGUGCAGCCCGAGAACAGCGGGGCGGACCAGGGGCCCGAGCAGCCCGUGCAAGGGCGCAAAGCCGCGGAGCUGUUGGUGGUGAAAGAGCGCAACGGCGUCCAGUGUCUCCUGGCGUCCCGCGCAGGGGACGAGCAGCCCCGGGAGACCUGGGGCAAGAAGAUCGACUUCCUGCUGUCGGUGAUAGGCUUCGCCGUGGACCUGGCCAACGUGUGGCGCUUCCCCUACCUCUGCUACAAGAACGGUGGUGGUGCCUUUCUGAUCCCGUACACACUGUUCCUUAUCAUUGCCGGGAUGCCUCUGUUCUACAUGGAGCUGGCCCUGGGCCAGUACAACCGAGAAGGAGCAGCCACGGUGUGGAAGAUCUGCCCGUUCUUCAAAGGAGUGGGCUACGCCGUGAUCCUCAUCGCCAUCUACGUCGGCUUCUAUUACAACGUCAUCAUCGCCUGGUCCCUGUACUACCUCUUCUCCUCCUUCACCCUCAAACUGCCCUGGACUGACUGCGGCCAUUCCUGGAACAGCCCCAACUGCACUGACCCCAAGCUCCUCAACAGCUCCGCGCUGGGCAACCACACCAAGUACUCCAAGUACAAGUUCACGCCCGCAGCAGAGUUCUAUGAGCGUGGCGUCCUGCACCUGCACGAGAGCAGCGGGAUCCAUGACAUCGGUCUGCCGCAGUGGCAGCUCUCGCUCUGUCUGAUGGUCGUCGUGAUCAUCCUGUUUUUCAGCCUCUGGAAAGGAGUGAAGACAUCAGGAAAGGUGGUGUGGAUCACAGCCACGCUGCCCUACUUCGUGCUGUUCGUGCUCCUGGUCCACGGCAUCACGCUGCCCGGCGCCUCCAACGGCAUCAACGCCUACCUGCACAUCGACUUCUAUCGUCUCAAAGAGGCCACGGUGUGGAUCGAUGCGGCAACUCAGAUAUUUUUUUCCUUGGGGGCUGGAUUUGGAGUCCUGAUUGCCUUUGCCAGUUACAACAAAUUUGACAACAACUGCUACAGGGAUGCCCUACUCACCAGCACCAUCAACUGUGUCACCAGCUUCGUCUCCGGGUUCGCCAUCUUCUCCAUCCUCGGCUACAUGGCCCACGAGCACAAGGUCAACAUCGAGGACGUGGCCACUGAAGGAGCCGGCCUGGUUUUCAUCUUGUAUCCAGAAGCCAUUUCCACACUGUCGGGAUCCACGUUCUGGGCGGUCGUCUUCUUCAUCAUGCUCCUGGCUCUGGGAAUUGACAGCUCAAUGGGAGGCAUGGAGGCCGUCAUCACGGGCCUGGCGGAUGACUUCCAGGUCCUGAAAAGACACCGGAAACUCUUCACAUUUGCUGUCACCUUUGGGACCUUCCUUCUGGCCCUGUUUUGCAUAACCAAGGGUGGGGUGUAUGUGCUGACCCUGCUGGACACCUUCGCGGCGGGGACCUCCAUCCUGUUCGCGGUGCUCAUGGAAGCCAUCGGCGUCUCCUGGUUCUACGGUGUGGACAGGUUCAGCAACGACAUCCAGCAGAUGAUGGGGUUCAAGCCCGGCCUCUACUGGAGACUGUGCUGGAAGUUCGUCAGCCCCGCCUUCCUCCUGUUUGUGGUGGUGGUGAGUGUCAUCGACUUCAAGCCGCUCAACUACGAUGACUACGUCUUCCCGCUCUGGGCCAACUGGGUCGGGUGGGGCAUCGCGCUCUCCUCCAUGGCACUCGUGCCCGCCUACAGUAUCUACAAGUUCUUCAGCAUACGGGGCUCCCUUCGGGAGAGACUGGCCUACGGCAUCACCCCGGAGAACGAGCAUCACCUGGUGGCCCAGAGAGAUGUCAGGCAGUUCCAACUGCAGCACUGGCUGGCCAUCUGACCUCGGGCCCGAGGAGGAGCCCUGCCGCGCCCACACCCAGGUCCGAGGCUUCGCUACCACCCCGGACAGACACAGUCUUGAAAAUCCUCUCCUGAAAGAUGUGUCGUGCCAUCCUUCUUCCUCUUUUCCCAGUUACAAAUGGUUUCGUGACCUGGUUUUUAUUCACAUUCUGUUCAUCUGGCCCGGGGUCUUGGAGUUGGGAUUGGAAAGCCUCGAGGGAGAAGAGGAGGGGAGGGUACAGGAAGAAUGACUUCUGUUGAACCUCUUUUGUUUUGGGGAAGCUCUCGCACAGCUUGGGAUCUGGCCCAAGCUGAGCUCCAUGGCUCGGGCAGAACUCCCCCCCCAUGCUAGCUUGGAUUUUGGGCCACGGAAGAAAUCCUGUCGGCCAAAUCAGGGAGGGGACGUUCCUUUUGGUCAGACGCCAUAAAACCAAACACAAACGAGAAGCCCGGCUGGGUCUGGGGUGGGGGAUCCUCUUUCUCCUGCCACCCGGUCAGCGCUGUGGUAUCUGAACCUUGGUCAGGGAGCUUGGGUUGGUUUGUCUCCGUCUUGGGUCUGUGGGCAGAUGCUCUGGGGGGUCGUGAGCAGAAACCUUCACAGUUAGUUUUCACUCUGGCUAAGCUGAGUCUGAUGUGUGUGUGUUCUGGAACAUUCUUCAUGGGGAAGCCCACCCACCCAGCAAGGUCCCCCAUGCAGCAGGGUCCCAGAGGCUCUUCAAGUGAUGGGGGGUUGGCCCUGAAAACUCCCUUUGUCUCUCUUCAUGGUCUGGACUUGGCACCUGAGGGCAGGGUGGGACCAAGUACAGAGCAACCUGGUCACUGAAGUCCAGGCAAGACUAUUCUGAGUUGAUGGAGCGGAUUGGUGGUUUUAGAGAAUUUCCAGCUUGACUUCUGUUACACGUUCGCCUGUGGCGCCCUCUGGUGGUGGUGGUGGUGGUGAUUAGUUUCAGCUCCUUUAGAGAACGGAUUCCUAGUUGGGUUAAGUUGGUGGCAUCUUUUGGGGGUUUCUGUUUAUGGUUUGAGUCUCUUCUUAUGUCCCUGCUGGAAACUGAGAUUCAGAGGUUCUUGUUGUGACUGUGGAAGCCCCUGUGGAAGAAUCUUGGUCCAUAAGUAAAUAAACAGAGAGGCCACUCAUACUGGGAGUGUAGGAAGACACACAACACAUCCAGAAGGUCCCUGAGCCUGACCAAUGGGUCAUGCGGUGUGUGGAAGAGAGUUAUAAGGGGGCCAGCCGGGGGCUGAGAGGUGGUUUUCUCUCUGACAGUCCUGAGAUUUCCCUGCUAAGUCAGUGUCCAUGGGUCAUUUUUUGGAAAAAAGAGGGAGAAAUCAGAAGACUUUUGUUUGAUCUUUUCAUGUAAAAAGGCCAGCUCCAAGUGUAAGACAGCCCAGGUGGCAGGUGUCUUGGACCACUGUGGAGGGCAGGGCCUGGGAGUGGAGCAUCCGAUGGAGUGGAACGAUAAGGUGGGGGUCUGGGAGAUGAGGGCAGGGUGACCCAUCACGGGUGGGAUCUGACCCCCUAGGUGACUUCGAAUCCUCCCGUGAAGGGUAAUUCCUCCCUCGGUGUUAUGCUUGUUUUCCACAAAGCACUUUCAUCCCUGUCAUCUCCUGUCUUCCCAGCGAGGACUGCAGGGCCGGUUUCUGUCCCCAUUUCCCAGAUGGGAACACCGAGGCCCAGCAUUUCGGGCACUCUGGGUCAAGUGUUGUCAGGUACUAAGGGAUCCAGUCAGACCCUCAGCAGUUGUUGGAAGAAGGGGAGAGGCGUCAUUUGUUCUCAUCCAUCUGGUUGCCAGAGGAAAUCAUUGAGCUGCCCCCUUUCUGAUGAACACAGUCGCUCUGGGGAACAGCGGGGAGUGACAGCUGAGGCUGGCUGGCUGAAAUGAGGGUGACAGAAAAGCCUGUGUGUAUCAGAACAGGGACACCCUACGGAGAGACCCUGCCAUCCGCCUGUGGCCUUCCUGCCUCUAGACAUCUGUCCCGAGGGUGAACCGGAGAUAUGCUGCUAGCUGGCCCACACCAGACCGGAGCAUCGGUGCUGCCUGGCGGCGGGAGUCAGCUCCUGAGCCUGGGGCGAGGGGCGAGGGAGGCUCUGGCCCCCAAGCCCAGGGUCCCCCUACCCAGGAAGCCCUUGGAAGUUCUGGUGGGGGUGCCGGCAGACACUCUGGGCUCACCUUCCACCCACACUUAAUGGAGGGGGAGUGUGUCCUUUAUCCCGAGUCAUGUGUGACUUCUUUUUUGUGGCCUUUCUUUGAGAGCAGAGGUUACCCGGCACGAGGGUGCUCCUGUGUACUGUACAUGACACUUUUGCAUUUUACCAGAUAUUUAAAAGACUGUUAUUUUCCACGAAAUGUAAGAUGUCUGUUUAAGACCACUGCGUUACCGUCUGCUCAGUGUCCGUGAUUCCGUGGCCACCUGUGAGUGGGUCCUCGUUCUAGAUGCAAAGGAGACAAAGGAGAAAGGGGAGCUGCCACCUCGUGCCAAAGGGCCUGCCGUAUACAAGUCCCCAAAGCUGCCUUAAUUCUGGGACGGUGGCCCCGCCUGGGCUGGGGGCAGGGGUUGGCUGUCUCUGGGUGUAGGACCCGUUUCUCUUGGUCCUGGUGAGGUGAGACCGAAACAUUCUUACCAAAGAAGUCAUUUCUUAGUAGAGAAGCCCACUGGGCUCAUUUCAUUUAUUUCCUUUGGAAGCCAGGGGUUGGAGAAGAACAGAGAAAGGGUGCACAGCUCACCGGACCUGGGUCUGCAGCCGCCUCCUGGGCUCCUGGGGAGGCGGGAGCUUAACUCUCUGGGCCUCGGGGUUCUUUGUCUGCAGGCAAGGGUUGGAGCCCGUAAUCAAGGUCCCAUCCAGUUAAAAAACGUUCCUGUCUCCAUGACUAUGUUCUUGUGCUAAAUGUACUGUGAGGGAAGCACAUCGUUUCCAGUAGGACUUUUCCAGAAUGAUCUGGCGACCCGUAACCUGUGGAGUAGAGCGAUGUCCGAUUUCUGGCCUCCAGAACUUGGAUUUUUCUGGACAUUCAGUAGUUCUUCCUUCUCUAGUAUGGCUUUAAUGGAUGCCAGAAACAAUGGGUUUAAAAACAGCAGCAACAACAACCCAACCCUUUUGUUUUGAGGAUGUUGAGGGUGACAUGUCAUGCCCUGAGAGCCCCAGGAGCCACAGCUGUGCAGGUGUUAGCGUAGUUACGCCGCAAGGUCAGAGGCCACCAAAGACAUUGGUGAAUGUGAAGUUGCUUUUGGGGUACCCAUCCUCAUCCCUCUGAUUCUCCACUUCUGUAAAUAAGGAUUGUCCCAGUGGUGCCCUCUCUGUGUCAUGGACUGUUCCAGUGUGAUGAAGGUUUCUCUGUUUGGUGUGGAUUUAUUUUAAAAGCUGUUCUCUUCAUGGAAAAAUAAGUGUGCAGAGUAAUAAAGGAUAU